AUGAGUGGGGCAAAGUGCAAUUCACACGAGGCGCAUAGUAUAAAUUCCAGGCAUAUGAAGCUUCAAGUAAACCUGAAGAUGAUGCGCCGUUGUUCGCUUCUUAUUGCGUUCUUGUUCUGCACCAAUCACCUUCUUUGGUUGGACGCUGUCGGUGUCCACAAUUGGUCAUCCUUAUUUAACAACAAUCCGUCAAAGAACUGGGUUGUUCUUGUGGCUGGUACCAAUACAUGGGAAAAUUAUCGACAUCAAGCUGACGUUUUCGACGCGUAUCAUGUCGUGCGUAAAAAUAACGUUCCAGCGGAGAAUAUAAUUACCUUCGCCUACGACGAUAUUGCAAACAAUCCCAGAAAUCCGUUUAAAGGCCAAGUGUUCCAUGACUGCAUGCACGAAGAUGUCUAUCAGGGUGUGGUAAUUGACUAUCGUGGAAAAGAUGUCACACGGGAUAACUUCGUGAAGGUAUCAAAAGGCGAUGAAAAACUUGCAGCCAAUAAGAAGAAGGUGCUGAAAUGCGGUCCUGAUGACAAUGUGUUCAUCUUCUACUCUGGGCACGGUUUGGUUUCCCGUAUUUCCUUGGUGGCAGAAGAAUACAACAAAUUGGUGCUGUACGUGGAGGCUUGCUAUUCUGGUUCUUUGUUUCGAAACAUUCUUCCUCGAAAUGUGGGAAUCUACGUGACAACGUCAGCCAAGGAAAAUGAACAAUCCUGGUCCAUUUUUUGUGACGAAAAAUAUUUCGACGUUUGUCUAGCCAGCGAGUACGCAUACGCCUGGAUCGGAGAUUCGCAAUACCAUGACUUGAAAACGCGUACACUGGAUCAACAGUACCAGGAGGUGAGAAAAAGGACAUGGCAUAGUCACGUGAUGAAAUACGGUGAGAUGGCGAUAGGAAGUCUCCUUGUUGGACAAUUCCAAGGUCAUUAUGAUCUACCUAAUCACCGGAAUGACGGGACAAUACCAGCGAAUGCGGUAGAUAGGAAACCCUCUUUCCAGGCGCAUUUGUUUUCAAAGUCUCGACGCUUAAUGGAGGCAACAAUGGAGCAAGAACACGAAACCGCUUGGCGGAAGCUGCACCGUGCAAUUCAGCUUGGCCAAAUCGUCAAGGAAACGACUCGCGACAUCGUCGUCUACGUGACGUCCCACCAUAAGCCAACUCUGGAUGGCUUGUCUAAAAGGGAUGAGCUCAUGUGUUUUCGGGCAGUUUUCGAUCAAUUCCGGACGCAUUGCUUCACAAUUCAGCAGGUCCGCGAGGUAGCCCAGCACACAACUCAUUUAAUGGCACUAUGCAAAGCCGGAUACAAGGCUGAAACCCUCAUUUACUCUGUCUACAACGUCUGCUCCUAA